CGAGAUUGAUCGACUUCAGUCUUACAUCCACAACCAGAGCCAAAAUGUCCAGUGCUGAUGCAAAGCCACCUGCAACGCCGUCGCCGCAGCAGCAGCAGCAGCAGCCUGCUCCUGCAGCAGAAGCAACGCCUGGCUCGUCACGAACCGAUCUGAGUCCUGCACUGGGCCAGAUGGGACCCACGCCGCCCUUCUGGACGCAAGAGUACUGGGUUCGCGUCCCAUGCGCGCGCCAGUCGGCGUUGACUGGUCUCGCUGCCAUGAUCACCGUGUGCGCCGUGCAGACAGUCCGCACCCGCGAUGCUAACAAAGCGCUCACGCAAGCAGCCUGGUCGUGGUUUGGUGCUGGCAUGAUUUCAUGGUGGGUUUGCCGAUACAAUUACCGCACCAAUAUCAUUCAAUUACGACGCUCUGUGGAGCUGUACCGGGAGGGCGUCCGGGAAAAGGAGGAACACGCUUCGACAGACUCGCCAACGACUGAGCGAAGCAGCUAGUCAUUUGUUUUGACUCUUGUACGACACCGUACAGUGUAGAAUUCCAAAAAAACUGUAUUACACAUUUUAAAGCCGCAACGA